GUACACACAUUCAGGUGCCUGCAGUGAUCUAAUCUUUUCCGUUAUCUUUUCGAUAGCAUCUCCAGGUUCCUUCUGCUCGACAUCCAAGGGCUGUAUAACUGUAGACUAGAAUCAGAUUUGCCUAACGCACGGACGUGGCAAGUUUGGAGUUACUUGUACAAUACACGGCUGUUAGUAACAAUUUUACAGCUGCAACUUUGGGUUUGAAUUUUUUUUCCUCAGACCCUGUGCACUGCGUGGUUUGCCUGUAAUUUUGUUCGUUUUCCGGCUUCCCAGUUUGUGACUUAUUUUUUUGGACAUUCCUUGUACUAAUUUGGAGUACUCGCAGGAAUGGCAGCAAUGAUAUCGCGACGCUACUUGUCCUCGACAACGAGAUUAGCGGCAUCUGUAAAAGGAGCACCGGAAAUGCCAGGAUGCGAUUUUAAGCCGGUUGCAUAUAAAGGUUUAAAUAUGGAAGAAACGGUUAAGCUGCGGAAAAGCCAUCUUUUUCCCAGCACGCAAAGUUACGCUUACUACAAGAAGCCGCUCAUGAUCCAUCAAGGCCAUAUGCAGUGGUUAUGGGAUCAUGCUGGAAAGCGAUAUCUGGACAUGUUUGCAGGAAUUGUCACCGUGAGUGUAGGACACUGCCAUCCGAAGGUGUUGGCAGCGGCGGAAGGGCAGCUGAAGAAACUGUGGCACACUACCUCAAUUUACAUGUAUCCCGGUCUGCAAGAAUAUGUGGAGAAACUGACCAGUAAAAUGCCGGGAAAUCUGAAGAAUGUCUACCUCGUUAACAGUGGAUCAGAAGCUAACGAUCUGGCAAUGCUACUGGCCAGAUUGCAUUCCGGUUGUUACGACAUCAUUGGACUUCGGAGCGCUUAUCAUGGAACCAGUCCCAACUUGUUGGGCUUGACAGCUCUGUCCACUUGGCAUUAUAACCUUCCUGUCGGAUUCGGCAUUCAUCAUACCAUGAAUCCUGACCCGUAUCGGGGCAUUUGGGGUGGCAAAUACUGUCGAGAUUCUCCGGUUCAGACCACAAGAAACUGCGAUUGUCAGUCGGACAAAGCUUGCGAAGCCGGCAACCAGUAUAUCGCUCAACUGGAAGAUGUACUACGCUUCUGUUGUCCUAAAGGAAGAAUCGGUGGAAUGUUCGCAGAAUCCAUUCAGGGAGUCGGAGGAACAAUACAAUUUCCCAAGACAUUCCUGCAACGCGCAUUCAAAAUUAUUCGGGAUCACGGCGGUGUGUGCAUUUCGGACGAAGUGCAGACCGGCUUUGGACGCACUGGAGAACAUUACUGGGGUUUCGAAGCGCACGGUGUCGUACCGGAUAUCGUGACCAUGGCCAAAGGCAUUGGAAAUGGAUACCCUAUGGCCGCAGUGGUAACGACACCGGAAAUCGCCAAAAGUCUAGCAGCAGCCAGCCAUUUCAACACUUUCGGAGGGGGCCCACUAGCUUGUGCUAUUGGAUCAGCUGUUCUAGACGUUAUCGAUGAAGAAGGCUUACAACAAAACUGCGCUAAAGUGGGAACGCAUUUUUUGGAAGGAUUGGCCAAAUUACAGGAGAACUAUGAAAUAAUCGGUGAUGUGCGCGGAAAAGGUCUCAUGGUUGGUGUAGAAAUGGUGAAAGACAGAAAGUCGAAGACGCCACUGCCGGCUGCUGAUAUGGCCGAAAUCUGGGAGACUACCAAAGAUUUGGGCGUACUCAUUGGGAAAGGCGGAUAUUACGGAAACGUGUUCCGGAUAAAGCCUCCAAUGUGUAUCACCAAAGAAGAUGUCGAUUUUACGCUGGACGUAUUCAAAACAGCUCUGGACCGCUAUUCUGGGAAACGAUAGAAGUUCAUUCAAGUGUACUACCUGACAUUAGCUCACAAUCAGUACCUAACUUUUUACAAACUACUGAAUCGAUAUCUUGCCGCUGUAGAAUUCCAAUUAACACCUACCGCUACCGGUUAAAAUAUUACAGUUAGUGCAUAUUCAGAUUUUUCUCUUCUCUGCCUAGCUGGUCUACAAUAUUAAUAAUUUAAGACUGCAGUACUGUAAUCAGAAACAAUGUUUAUUAAUUUUCACAUUUUGUAAUAUUUGCUCUCGCUUCCAUGUUUGUGUGGGAAGCCCUGGGAACCAGCUUUUUAUUAUUAGGCAACAGUUUCGCACCAAACUUCUAAACUGAAAUAUAGUACCUAUUUGUUGCUGGAAAAUACUCUGGUGUGCUUUGUGCAGGAUUUUUUCUCGUACUGGUGGAAUUCAGCGCAUUAAACACCUGCAGGCA